AUGGUAGAGUUUGCAAUUAACAACUCGGUGCAUGCGUCCACGACACAUACACCGUUUUACGUGAACGGCUUGCGCCAUCCGCGUGUACCCACCCUACUAGAGUGUAACUCUGGUUUAAGGGGGGGAGGGACUCGCGCGAGCAAAAACCGAUUUGGUUCACGCUCAUCACGCUCUGACGAAGAGGUCAUUGCGUUUGAUGCCGAUAUCGAUAACAUCGAUAUCGAAGAAGAUGAUGCCAGUGAGAGUGCGGAAGCCCUCACUGAAGAAAAGAUUGAUGUUGCUGCAAUGCACUCAUAG